GCACAGAGGCACAGAGAGCUUCAGUCAGUCAGGGCUGGGAAGAUGCUGAGAAGUGACUGCGCGAGAAUCAUGGCCAGCCCUUGACACAGGAAGCCUCUGGCUGCAGGACAAGGCAGCUGCAGCUCCUGGAGUGAUCUCCUCAAGCUGCAACAUCCCAAUGCCUACAGAUUCUACCUCAAUGUCCAGAGGCAGCAAAUGUCCAACAGCAGCUCCAUCAGCCACUUCCUCCUGCUGGCAUUGGCAGACACGCGGCAGCUGCAGCUCCUGCACUUCUGCUUCUUCCUGGGCAUCUCCCUGGCUGCCCUCCUGGGCAACAGCCUCAUCAUCAGCGCCGGAGCCUGCGGCCAGCACCUGCACAGCCCCAUGUUCUUCUUCCUGCUCAACCUGGCCCUCACCGACCUGGGCUCCAUCUGCACCACUGUCCCCAAAGCCAUGCACAAUUCCCUCUGGGGCACCAGCCACAUCUCCUACACAGGAUGUGCUGCUCAGCUCUUUUGCUUUGUGUUCUUCAUCUCAGCAGAGUAUUGUCUCCUCACCGUCAUGUGCUACGACCGCUACGUGUCCAUCUGCAAACCCCUGCACUACGGGACCCUCCUGGGCAGCAGAGCUUGUGCCCACAUGGCAGCAGCUGCCUGGGCCAGUGCCUUUCUCUAUGCUCUGCUGCACACGGCCAAUACAUUUUCCCUGCCCCUGGGCCAGGGCAAUGCCCUGGGCCAGUUCUUCUGUGAAAUCCCACACAUCCUCAAGCUCUCCUGCUCACACUCCAGCUCCCUCAGGGAACUUGGGCUCAUUUGGGUUAGUUUAUCCUUAGUUUUCGGCUGUUUUGCGUUCAUGGUUUUCUCCUAUGUGCAGAUCUUCAGGGCCGUGCUGAGGAUCCCCUCUGAGCAGGGACAAAGGCACAAAGCCUUUUCCACGUGCCUCCCUCACCUGGCCGUGCUCUCCCUGUUCCUCAGCACUGGCUUUUUUGCCUACCUGAAGCCCCCCUCCAUCUCCUCCCCAUCCCUGGAUCUGGCCCUGUCACUUCUGUACUCGGUGCUGCCUCCAGCCCUGAACCCCCUCAUCUACAGCCUGAGGAACCAGGAGCUCAAGGCUGCCCUGAGGAAAAUGAUCACUAAUGUUUUCAGAAGCAGUAAAGUGCCGGUUUUCUUCUCCCCUUGUCUACAGUGUAACUCAUUACAGGCCCAGCCUGUGUUCUAAAGCUUUUCGUAGUGCCUGUGUCUGUGUGCAGUGGUUCCUUGCUUCUUCUGUGAAUAUUUUGUGCAGAAUUAAAUUUGAUUUAUCAU